AUUAUUAUUAAUAAUGAAUCCAGAGAAUAGAGAUCAUUAUGGGUUUCCGAAGCAAAAUACACAAAUACCAAGUAAGGAAGAAAUGCUAAAGAUUAAUGCAAGGAUUGAAAAGUGGAGGAAAAUGAUCCCCAAGAUUCCCCAAUUGAUGGCAAACAAUGAUUCGAAGCUUAAAUCUCGAUUAAGAAAAGGCAUACCUGAAGGUAUCAGAAUGCUCAUUUGGCCUUGUUUGGCUGAAAUAGACUAGAUGAAGAUACAAGCAAAAGUAAAAUGUUCAUAUGACAUUUAAAGAGAACUUAUAAGGAGCUCGUAGAAUCUCAAGAAAUAUCACCCCAUGAUAGCCAAAUCACUUUGGAUGUUAUGCGUACAUUCCAAACAAAUGAUCUAAUCAAAAUGGACACUAUCACCAGUCAAUCUCUAUUCACAGUACUUAGGGCGAUCAGCCUUACCUUUUAAGACAUGGGAUAUUGUUAGGGAUUGAACUAUUUGGCAGGCUCAUUUUUAUUAUUGAUGAAUGAUGAAUUGGUCUAUUGGCAUUUGUAUAGUUUGCUGACCAAAUAUGGCUGCCUUGAUACUUAUAUUAAUCCUACUAAUACAUUAAAAUAUUUCUAUGCAUUGGACCUUUUGGUCAAGUAAUUCUUACCUGAUUUACAUGCAAAGUUCACUAAGUUCAAUAUUGUACCCUUUUAUUAUGCUGCAGAAUGGUACUUAGUUUAUUAAGGUUUUCAGGUUUAUCACUCUCUUUAGUUCAAUUCUGCCAAUGCAAAUAUUUUUAAGGGUCACUGAUAUAUUUUGGCAUGAGCAUCACAAGACAACCUUCAGAGCAUCUCUAGCCAUACUUAAGAUAAGGAAGGAGGAGAUUUUGACUGUAAAUUAUAGUGUAAUGAUAUUUUGUAGACUAAAACAAUGGAGUAAGCCAUUACAAUUCUCAAAGAUUAGAAAUUCUUUAAUAAUUAUGAUCCAGACAAGUUCAUUAAAAUAGCAAUGAAGGAUUUCAUCUUUUCAAAAAAAGAUCUUCGCAAAUAUUAUGAUCAAUUUGCUGCUUCCCAAAAGAAAUGAUUAUAUUCAAUUAAUAAUUGC